UUUCUACUGCUCCUGUUUCAGGAAAGAAGCUAAUCUGGAUGCAGCUGUGGUCAAGCAGAGACUCGCUGAGGGUUGGUAUAGGCUCCUGAUGGAGCCUAUAGGAAAGAAUGUGACAUGUGUUAGUGCUUCUGGCUUUGGAGGAGGGGGAGUUUAUGCCUUUCUGCCUUGAGGGGAAGGGGAAGAAUGAGCUCUGAAUAGCUGAAGUCUUUCUUCUAGAUUCUGCAAAACAAACAGCAGUAUUUGGAGACCAUGGCUACAGACCCGCUGUCAGAGCUUCAGGAUGACCUGAAUUUGGAUGAUACCAACCAGUCCCUCAGCCAGCUCAAACUGGCCUCCAUAGAUGAUAAGGACUGGCCAGCAGAUGAAGUCCCUGCUUUCCCCAAAUCAGAAGACUCCAAAGGCUCCCCUGAGCCUGUCACUCACCUGCGGUGGGAUGAUCCGUACUAUGAUAUCGCCAGGCACCACAUCGUGGAAGUUGCUGGUGAUGACAAGUAUGGAAGAAAAGUCAUUUUGUUCAGUGCCUGCCGGAUGCCCCCAAGUCAUCAACUUGAUCACGUGAAACUGCUGGGCUACCUGAAGUUCACAUUGGACCAGUAUGUGGAGAGUGAUUACACGCUGGUGUAUCUACACCAUGGCCUGACCAGUGAGAACAAGCCAUCCCUGAGCUGGCUGCGGGAUGCCUACAGGGAAUUUGAUCGCAAGUACAAGAAGAACAUCAAAGCGUUAUAUAUUGUACACCCAACUAUGUUCAUCAAGACCCUGCUGAUUCUCUUCAAACCCCUGAUCAGCUUUAAGUUUGGACGAAAAAUUUUUUACGUGAACUUCCUUAGUGAGCUGGAGGAGUAUGUGAAGCUGGAGCAAUUGGGAAUUCCAAGUCAAGUGCUGAAAUAUGAUGAAUAUCUGAGGUCCCUGCAGAAACCUUCACAAGUGCCGCAGAAGCCAAUACCCCCGCGCCCACCGCUGCCAAACCAGCAGUUUGGUGUCUCACUCCAGCACCUACGGGAGAAGAGCCCCGAUCAGUCAUCUGUUCCUCUGGUGGUCAGGGAGACGAUUGCCCAUUUGCGGGAGCAUGCUCUUGCAACAGAGGGGAUUUUCCGGAGAUCAGCAAAUACACAGGUUGUCAGGGAGGUGCAGCAAAAAUACAACACGGGUGUGCCAGUAGAUUUCCAGCAGUAUGAAGAUGUCCACCUCCCUGCUGUGAUUCUUAAGACCUUCUUAAGGGAGCUACCUGAGCCCCUCCUUACUUUUGACCUCUACAGCCAUGUUGUCAGCUUCCAGAGUGUGGAGGAGGUGAAUCGUGUGGAUGUUGUUCGCAAAACACUCCAGAUUCUGCCAGAAGAAAACUACCAAGUGCUUCGUUUAUUGACAGCCUUCCUGGUGCAGGUCUCUGCACACAGUGACCAAAACAAGAUGACAAACACCAACCUAGCAGUUGUUUUUGGCCCAAAUCUGCUAUGGGCCAAAGAUGUAGCCAUCACCCUCAAAGCCAUCAACCCCAUCAAUACCUUUACAAAGUUCCUACUGGACCACCAGAAGGAGCUGUUUGAGGACAUGGAGGCCUGAGCCCAGGCCAGCCCACUCUAGCACGCUGUGCCCGCCUUCCCACCUUCUUUCCCACCUUGUCUUGGAGCUGUGAUGAAGCUGUCUCCAGUGCAAAGGGACCAUUGAUUUCCUGGGUGAUGAGCAGAGCGAGGGCUGUGGAGAUGGUUGAGUAAGUGUGUAAGUAAGCGAGCAGGAGACUUACUUCUCCAGGUGGGGAGGGGAGCUGGUCUCCUGGCUGCUGGGAGUGGAGUCCUAGCCCACCUGCCAGUCUGUGCAGCUCUUUCAGGGCUCAUCACCAGUCUGCUCCCAUGUAAGCUGACCUUCCUUCCUUCCUUUCUUCCUUCCUUCAUACAUGUAUUUUCUGUCCUGUUCCCUUCCUCAACAAAGACCUAAUUUGUUAAAACUCCUUGAAAUCUCAGCUCAUCCCCCUUGCCUCAACUGGGCUAUCAAGGCCAGGGCAGGCUUGCUGGGCUUUUUGGCAGAUGUUCUUGCCAUGACUCCCAUCUUUUCAGCACUGAACGUAUAUCUUGCCUUUCUCCAAAGGCAUUUGAAGCAGUGAAGGGAGCAGGUAGCCCUUAUGCUUUAGGUAGCAGCAUGUCGUGCACUUGGCAAACACUACUCCAGAGCCUGUUUUUUUGGCAGGCAAGUGAAGGACAGGCUCAGGGUGUGCAUGUGCCUGCCAAACUUUGAUACGGGGAAGCUGCGUUUAGCCCACCCCCCUUUGAGAUCACCUGCUCCAGAUACUCUUCAGCUUUUGCUGGGGUAUGAUGGGUGAGGUGCCUCCCACUGUUAUGCAGCUCAGGUGCUGAUGUCCCUCCAGCAGCAUUUCCAGCCUUGCUGGGAAGGUUCACGCUGAACAGACUGUGUGGGUGGCCUGGCUGGGGACAUUCACAGAUAGUGAAUCUGAGCUGCAGGGGACAAGUGCCCUGGUGACACUGAGCUGCUGAACACUAUGAUGAUCACUGCCUUUCCCUGUGGCAACAACACAAAGCCUCUUCAACCCCUUCAGGCACAUAUAUCUGUGUUAACUGGCACAGACUGCCUUGGCCAUUCUUUUUCUCUUCAGGUUGAGCAGAACUUUCUCCAGCACAACAUAACGGAGAGCGUGGCCUUAAGGGAAGGUCUGAGGACUGGGGCUAACCCUUACUUGGAGAGUACAGCAGACCUGGCUUUCAAGUCUCUGCUCAGGUGCUGAACACUCAUGUGCCAAAGCUGUGAGGGAACAGCUUCUCCAUACUGAGGACCUUUGGCCCAUCUCCCCCUUGGUUCAUACUUCCCUUCCAUCCUAUCAUGGAAGCCUGAUCUGAUGCAUCCUGUAUGCCCUGGGCAUGGCUGAAGAAAUCUGGUUGUCUGCAAGACAGGCUCAGAGCAAGGUGGGCCCAGUGUUUUCCCAGAGUAGCUGCAACACAGUGCUUCACUGUUCGUUUUGGAUUGCAGUAUUCCCCUUACUUGAGUUAAGAGAUCCCUCUCAUUAGCCUGGGCCUGAGAGAGUGUUAGUGAGGAAGCUUCUAGCCUUACUUCAACGGUGUGUUUUAUCAUGUACCCUGCAUGCCUGGGUCAGUCUUGCUCCCAGCUGAAUCUGGCCACAGGGACAAAUGCGUUGAACCAAGCAGAGCUCAUUUUUUAAAAGUCAUUGGAUUCUAAAUAGAAUUUAUUUUUUUUCAUAGUAUUUUAACCUGCCUUUAAACACUGAUUGAAGGUUCAUGCCCUGGUUGUAAUCAAAAUAAGUGACACGUUGCUGAUGCAUAUCAACAGCUGGAAUUGUAGAAAUUGGUAUUUCCGCUAAGCUGCAUUAUGGGGAUGUGUGGGAACAUAGGCAGCUCUAUGAAGCAGCCAACCAGCUGAUGUGUGGCACCCGUGGCACUGCAGAUCCAGCCAGCUGGUUUGGGGAAUGUCUGGGGCAGCGCAGGUCCAUCCAGCUGGUGGAGAAGGCACACUCGUCCGUGGGUGGGAACAGUGAGCCAGAAGCUGAACAUUCCUAAGGCUGGAGCAAGGGAUGUUCCAGGGCAAAGCGGGGUCUGAUCCCUGCUAGAUGCUGGGGGUUUUUGCCUUACGGAGGCUACCGGCUACCUAGUCUCCUUCCCAUAAGAGGAAGAUUCGUCCCUGUUUGGCUGGGACAUAAAUGGUUUCAGUCUGGACAAUUCAUAGCAAUAGCCAAAUAAUGCUUGGUGGUGGAGAUACUGGACUCCUAAUUCACCUUUGAUCUCUGCUGGAGUGAUUUAGGAGGGCUGAUUUGAUAUGGAGAAGUUCUGAUUUGAUACAGAGAAGAGCUUCCAGGAGCUUGGAAUGGGAGGUGCCUGUGUGUUGGGGCACAAGGCCUUGGCCUUCCUUGCAGCCCUAGCCCUCUGGAGAGGGUAGCAAGUACCAUUCCCUGCAGGAGGAGCAGGGCUGGGGGUAGCUUAGCUCUUCUCCAGGAGGGAGCAGGGAUUGCUGCAAGACUCUCUGUUCUGUCUUUCUUUCUUCCUCUUAUUGUUAUUUUUUAAUGAAUUCUUGAAGUGGUGUUUCCUCUUUUAGUGAAAUGAAGCCUGAUGCAUCCCCUGCAGGCAGGGAUAAAGCCUGCUCCAGGUCAGUGCCUGCAGGGAGUGGAUUUGGAGGGUGUUCGGGAAGCUCCUGCUGCUCAUGGUGGAAAAGUGCUUGUAAAUCCUGGAAAGGGACCCAGUGUAAAUAUCCCCUUUUUUCUGCUGCUCCUCAUGCUGGAGCUGCCAAGGGCCCAGGAGCAGGCACAGUAACUGGGGCUGCUUUUGCUUCUGCAGCCUGUUCUGAAUGCCUUUUAUUGAGAUAUCCCUCCCGUGAUUUGGGCAAGGAACUGGCCUGGGCCCACCUGCAGCCUCUGCCAGGUGGGUGACCACAGGAGCUUGCAUCUGCCAAGCCCAUGGGAUUAAAUUCCCUCCUCACCUGGUCAGCUGCCUCAGGCAGAGUGCUACAGGUCGGGGCUAGGCUCAGGGGCCUGCCUGGGCUGUUUUUUCUCCUCUAUGUGUAAGUAGGGGGCAGUAUCUGAUUAGGGAGCUGGUCUUUAUAUUUUUUCUCCUUAUCGUAGGGCUGUCCAGGGUUCUCUUCCCUAGCUUGUCUUUCAGGUUGGCUAUUAGCCACUUCUCCUUGAAGGAGUAAAGAAUUCAUUCUACUUCCAGCCUCUAGCAUCUAGAUUAUUCUCCUCUGUUAAGCGUAGUGCUAUCUUAAGGGCACCCCGAUGACUCCUGCUCCCUGGCCCAAGCUGUAUACUGACAUCAGAACUUUGCAGAUCAGAUGCAGGGGUGUGUGUGUGUGUGGGGGGGGGUCAUCUGGAUGCCUUGUGGUAGUGUCUGCUCAUUUGAUAGAGGGCUGAGGGCCAAUUUCGCCCUUGUUUCCUCUUUUGUGUGUGGAGCCCUGCUUUGCUUUUGUUGCUAGUAUUCCCUGCCUUCUUUUCUAUUGAUGUUCAUCAGGUGUUGGGCUGGGGUUUUCACAGUGGUAUCAGUUCACAUUCAUGAUUAUUUCCUUCUAAUCUACACCAAUCUUAUAUUUCACAGUUUGCACUUUUUGUAUUUCAAUAAAGAUCAAAACCUAA